UGGCGACGAUGCGUCGGCUGCGCCAGUCGUCUACUAUCGGCCGAUCGACGCAGUCCGUGCGACAUUAACAAGGAGCCUAAUCAUCGCAGGAGUAUGACUAUGCCGAGCGUUAUAAAUCUGACCGAGGCGAGCUUGGACCAGCUGCGAGCGUUCUUUGACUCGUUCGACAUCAUUCUGUCGGACUGCGAUGGAGUCAUAUGGUACCUGGAGAAGCCGAUCCCCGAGGCCAUGAAGGCGGUCACCAUGCUCCAGAACAUAGGAAAGAACUUGUAUCUGGUGACUAACAAUGGCACGAUAAGAUUCAAUCGAUACUGCGAGAAGAUGCGGCAAAACGGGCUCGACAUUAAGCCGGAUCAGGUUAUAAACUCCUCGAAAGUGAUCAGCUGGUAUCUGAAGAAGAUUCAGUUCACCGGCGAGGCUUUCGUGAUUGGUUCCGCGGCUUUGCAGGAAAGAUUGAUAGAAGAUGGAAUCACUGUGAUGCGAGGACCCCCUAAAGUUUAUGACGACGACGUAACCGGAACAUUGCGGGCUGUUCAAGAUCAGCCAUCGAUCAAAGCAGUGAUCGUCGACUUCUGUCCAUUCUUCGAUUGGCCAAAAUUAGCACUUGCCAUCACCUGUCUCCAGAGAAAAGAUGUUCUUUACAUCUGCGGCGCUCAAGACGAGUGGGUCGUUCACGGUCUAAAUAAGAAGGUCAUAGGUCCCGGUCCUUUGAUCAGCAUAAUUACUAAGUACAGUGGGAGGACUCCAAUCGAAUGCGCGAAACCUAGUGAAAUAUUGAGGGACUAUAUCAUGGACACUUUGGAUGUGAAAGAUCCAAAGAGAUGUUUGUUCAUUGGCGAUACAAUUAAUUAUGAUAUGAAAUUUGGAACGAUGUGCGGGUUCCAAAAACUGUUCGUCAGCACGGGCUUGGAUAGUAUAGAGAACGCGACGUUGAACGAGAGCACGCGACCGGAUUUCUAUGUUCCGAGUUUGGAGUUGUUACAACCGAUCAUUAAUUCACUGUAUAAUUCCACGAACGGCAAGGGCGAAAAUUGAUGACGUCGUGGCUUUAGAUUAACAAUUGUUAGGUGAAUUUUCAAAGCAAAGGUUUCGAUUAACCUUCUCGCUUAAGAUGGUGGUGAAUAAAUUCUAUUUCGUUUUGUAAAAAUAUUUCUCACUUGGAAUCCACCCUUAUAAAAAUGUAUAGAGAAUUGUUAAACUAUUUAAGCGAAGCGCAGUGCCUGUGACUGUACAAUAAACAAUAUACAAAAAAAUA